AUGAUGAUGCCACAGGGCUCUAUUGCUGUAGAUAAACCCCGUAUGCAAGGAAAGGUAUUCGCCCUGACGGCAUCAGAUGCAAAGCAAGGGAACGAGAUAAUUCAAGGUAGUCUGUCUUUAUAUGGUGUAAAUGUGCGUGUGCUUUUUGAUACGGGAUCUACGCAUUCUUUUAUUGCACCGCAUGUGAUAUGUCAUAUUCCCAUCCCUAGAACUAUUUUACCAUAUUACCUGGUUGUGUCUACACCUGGGGAUAUGGUGUUAGUAUGGAGUGAGAUUAAGGUGUAUGAUAAGAAAUGUCUUGGCGACUUAGUGGUGUUGGGCAUCAAGGACUUCGAUCUUAUUCUAGGUAUGGACUGGUUAUCCCGACACUAUGCUAAGGUGGAUUGUCGAAGAAAGGUGAUACAUUUUGAGUUAUCCCAGCAACCAGUUAUUGUGUAUAGAGGUACUAAGCCGAUGAGCUCAAUCCCAAUGGUCUUGAUAAUGAAGGCAGAAAGGUUGGUACGAUAUGGUUGUGAGGCGUACCUUGCCUUUAUAACCACCGAUAGGAACCGUAAGGCGAAGUUAUCGGAGCUUCCGGUGGUUUGUGAGUUUCCUGACGUGUUCCCAGAUGAAUUGCCAGGAUUGCCACCUUAA